CAGAAGCAGGGGUCAUUUCUCCAGACUGAGUUGGCCUGCGUGGGCAUUCAGCUGGCUUUCUCCAUCACCUCAGGAAGGCUUUCCUGAUCAAAUAUCUCCAUGGCUUGUAUUGAGAAUGUCCUUGCAGGGCAUGUCCCUUCACCCAUAGUAGUAGCUGCAGAUGAACAUGGGAACCAGGAACUGCACCCCAACUUGCCCCUCCACUGUCCGAGCUCCAUGCUGAAGGAUGAUGCAGAGUCCUGGGGCCACCCUCUCGUCUCGCUGAGACCUCCCUUCAGUGUGCUGGCCGAUCUGACAGGAGAGCAACUGAAGCGCCCCUCGGAGAGAACAGGAUCCUGCAUUCCUGUCGACAGUUCCAGCUCGAGAGCUCUCAAACACCCAUACGGGCCACCACCUGCUGUUGCAGAAGAGUCCCUAGCAACAGUAGAAGUAAAUAGCUCUGAGGGGCUGGCAGGCCGGAGGCAGAGGGGACAGGAUUCUAUUAAUGUGUCCCAGGAAUUCUCUGGCAGCCCUCCAGCACUAAUGAUAGGGGGGACAAGGGUCAGCAAUGGGGGCACUGAGAGAGUUGGCAAUAAUGCAAGGCUACAUGCUGCCAUGCCACGAGGUCAACGGUUCUUUCCACCUAGAGGCUCACAAGUAAGAGGCCCUCCACACAUCCCCACCGUUAGAUCGGGGAUAAUGAUGGAGCUGCCUCCAGGAAAUCCGAGAUUGGCGGGCAAGGAAAGGCUGGCUCAUGUUUCUUUCCCACUGGGAGGCCCGCGGCACUGCGUGGAGAACUGGCCAAGGCCUAUUCCCUUGUCUUCCAGUACUCCAAGUUUACCUUCUUGUGCUACUGCUCAUUGCUUCAUACCUCCUCGUCCUCCCAGUUUCAAUCCAUUUCUUGCUAUGCCUAUCGCUUUUGCUCCUCCUCCCAUCUUUGGUCCUCCACUGCCUUCUUAUUUUGCCAAUUUCCCUUCCUGGGGCAUGCCGGCUCCUGCAUCCUCAAACAGAGAGAACAACUGAUGGCCAAAAAGGAGGAAAAGAAAGGGUUGGGGAAAGAUGUUAAAGUUUUUCAUUUAUGUUUUAUAUCUGAAACCCCCUACCCUCGUACACUCUG